AGGAUCUGAAGCGUGUCGUCUUAACUCAACUGACGUAUUUGCGUGACCCAAUUUCUUAUCUUGUUUCUACAUUGAAGCAAAACCAAUCUUAAAUGAAAAUAAUUCUUUGAACUUUUAUUAACUUAAGUCCAUUCAAUUUAUUCCGAAAAUGAAGAUCGUGAUAGAAGUUCUGGUGUUCACCUCUGUUUUGGGUGUUUGCUGGGCUAAAAAUAAGUGCAGCGGAGACAUCAGAAACUUCACUCAUACUCAACAUUGUCCGGCAUGUUUGCCACCAGAUGAUCUGCACCUGAAGCUGGAUAAGUUGACGGUGGGCAAUGAGCAGAACAUCAUCUACAGCGACAACUUCGGUCACGUGUGCAUUGAGGGGUCGGCUAAGAUACCGAUCGGGUUCGUGAAACCCACAGAUACACUUGACCUCAAAGUCGACCUAAGAGUAGAGGUCAAACAACUCGGGUUGACCUUCCCGGUGCCCUGUGGGACUGUGUACGCAAUGUUAGAGAAUCAAUUUUUCCCCAAGAAAGAAGCAGCAGAGGAUGGGGAUAUGGCCGAAGGGAAGGAGGAGGACGAAGUUAAUGCAGUAGAUGUUAAAACUCACCCAUGGAUCAAAAAGCUAAUGGAAAAAUUUGACUACAAGACAUGUGGCAUAUACGACAUCUGUGAACUCUUAUCACCCGGAGAGGGACUGAGAGACAUCCUGGAUGGAGCUGUGAACAACUCUACUGACAAUUUGGAUGUAUUCGAUGGGUACAAUACCAGUGAACCGAAUGCGUGCUCAGCCGACUUCUUGCAAGAACAGUUGAAGAGUCUAAAUGACUGUUUCCCACUUAGUCUUCCAGAGGCCUUCGACAUUUCGACCUACAAGGAGAUGGCGUUUGGGUUCAAAGAGAUUAGACUGGACAUCACCAUUGAACUCAUGAAGAGAAGCAACGUGAAGAGAGAUGAUGACAACAACGGAGAAAAAAUCGAGAACAAGGACGCCGACUCACAGCAUGUAUUGUGUCUGUUCCUACCACUGCAUGUAGUGUUCUGAUAAAGCCUAGAAAAGUAAAAAGUAAAUUCAGUGAGAAAAAACUGAGAGGAAAGAAUUGUAAAUUAGUAAUGCCAAUAAGAAUUUAACUUUUCAAAAUUUU